GCAAUUAAACCUUUAAAAAAUAAGUGGGAGAGAGAAAAGAGGUAUGAUGAACUUACCGCCGUGUGUGUGCGUGUGAAAUUGCUGUGCUGCCGCAUAAGUGCUCACUGACCCAGUUUCAUAGUUGUUUUCUCGAAAUUGGUGGCCUUCUGCAUCAUCUCUCUGGUUUGUUAGGGGUCCAUAUUCCGCACUCACAAACCCACUUUUCCCCUCUCAUUCAUUCCCUGCUCUCCACUUUCUUCUCCAAAGAAACAAAGAUUUCAAGGAAUAUAUUCUUUGCUUUUUAUUUCAGUGUGCACCAUUCGUUUUUCUAAAGCUCAAGAAGGAACCCAAAUCCCCUCCCUAUCCAUUUUGAUUUAAAGCUCACAGUCCCUCUAACUUUUCUGUUUUUUCCUCUAAAGAAUGAAAGUCUUUGGGGCUCUAGAAGGCCAGAGCACUGCUCUUUAUUCUUAUACUUGGGCUUUGCUUUUCGGGUUUGCUUUGUUCUCUGCUUGUUGAAAGAUUUCAUUUUUGUUAGGGGCGAGAUGGAACCUGGUGUUCUUGAUAGUAUAAUUAAUAGGCUUCUUGAAGUUAGAGGGAGACCAGGUAAACAAGUGCAGCUCCAGGAGGCUGAGAUAAGGCAACUUUGUUUUGUAUCCAAGGAUAUUUUCUUGAGGCAGCCUAAUCUUUUGGAGCUUGAUGCUCCUAUCAAGAUUUGUGGUGAUGUCCAUGGUCAGUAUUCAGAUCUUCUGAGGCUUUUUGAGUUUGGCGGAUUACCUUCUCACUCCAACUACUUGUUCUUGGGGGAUUAUGUUGAUCGUGGGAAGCAAAGCCUUGAAACCAUAUGCCUUCUCCUUGCAUAUAAAAUAAAGUAUCCAGAGAAUUUUUUCCUUCUGAGGGGCAACCAUGAAUGUGCUUCAAUAAACCGAAUAUAUGGGUUUUUUGAUGAGUGUAAACGAAGAUUUAAUGUCAGACUCUGGAAAGUAUUUACAGAAUGUUUCAACUGCCUUCCUGUGGCAGCUCUCAUUGAUGAGAAAAUUCUCUGCAUGCAUGGCGGACUAUCUCCUGAGUUAAACAAUUUAAAUCAGAUUAAGAGUUUACAGCGACCUACUGAUGUCCCAGACAGUGGUUUGCUAUGUGAUCUCCUGUGGUCUGAUCCUAGCAAAGACAUUCAAGGUUGGGGACCAAAUGAGAGGGGAGUUUCCUUUACCUUUGGUGCUGAUAGGGUGACCGAGUUUCUUCGGAAGCAUGAUCUAGAUUUAAUUUGCCGAGCUCACCAGGUUGUCGAAGAUGGAUAUGAGUUCUUUGCCAACAGACAACUUGUGACAAUAUUUUCAGCACCUAAUUACUGUGGUGAGUUUGACAAUGCUGGGGCAAUGAUGAGCGUGGAUGAGUCUCUUAUGUGCUCUUUCCAGAUAUUGAAACCUGCUGAAAAGAAGUCAAAGUUUGGCUUUGGGAGUAGAGCUUCAGCUAAGCCGGGUACUCCAAUGAAAGUCAAGUCGUUUCAUGGUGCAGUGGCGUAAGGUAUUGUGAUAUGAGAUCCUGAAGAAAAUAUCUGCCCUAGGUUGGACAUAGGUAAUAAGGUUGCAAUUUUAGAAGUCCUGAUUGCUUUCAACACAAGGGACAAACACAAUUUAGCAAAUUCCUUCAGCUAGGAAGAGUGCGGAAGAUCUUCCGUGGAGAAUCUGCCAUCAUAUGAAGUGAGACUGUAAAACCUUCCAUGUAAGAGUGGGGAAAGUUGGAAAAAGAGUUAGGUUGAAUCAUUUCUUUCUUUUUUUGGUUAUUUGGGUCUUGCAUUUCCAUAUUAAAUAAUAACAGUUUACAGUUGUAAGACUCACUGUCAGUAUUCUCCUCUUUGUUCAAUCUGUCUAUUAAACAUAGAACGAAAAUAAAGUUGAAAGGAAAUUUGGGAUUGAA